CGACUGUGUCCAGUUUUCCGGCCGUGUGUAAUAAUUCUUCAUUUUGACUCGUUUUUACAGCACAGAAUGAUCUCAUUCUCUCCCUUUCCACGUUACUUCCUCCCCUCCAUUUCCAUCAUCUAAAUCCCAAAGAACCCAUUUUUUUACAAAACUCACUACAAGCUUCCAUAGCCAUGGCCGGAGAGAUUGUUCUUUCUCCGACCAUUAAUUGAUCUCAAUUUUCACAACCCUAUUUAGAUUUCAUUCUUCUUUACAAAACCCAGUUUCAAAUAUGUCUUCACCUUCCCCAACUUCGCCGCCGUCCAACACAACCGCUCCUCCUCCUCCGGUUACCUCUCCUCCACCAAUUUCUAGUCCACCGCCGCCGCCGUUACCCGUCGCUUCUCCUCCGCCUGCCAUUUCUCCUCCCCCUCCGGCGAGUAUCCCGCCACCUCCACCUUCAUCAUCUCCUCCGCCGCCGCCUACUCCGACGACCACUCCCUCACCCCCACCUUCAUCUUCUCCGCCGCCGCCGCCUACUCCGACAACCACUCCAUCACCUCCACCUUCUUCAUCUCCGCCGCCACCGCCUACUCCAACGACUACUCCAUCACCACCUUCUUCUUCUCCGCCGCCACCUACUCCAACAACCACUCCAUCACCUCCACCGCCACCUUCAUCACCAUCCUCUUCUUCCCCUCCUCCGCCGUCUUCGCCGCCGCCGCCGAUAACGAUCGGCAAUUCACCCCCGCCACCGCCUUUACCAUCCUCUUCUUCACCGCCGCCGCCUCCAUCAACAACAACAACACCAUCAUCGUCUUCAAGUUCGACUUUAUCGACAGGGGUCAUUGUCGGAAUCACUUUAGGAGGGGUCGCAGCACUAGCGAUUUUGAGCAUUUUGUUCAUUUUCUGUUGCAAGAAGAAGAGAAAAGCUCGACAUGAGUUCUACCUUCCACCUCCAUCUUACGGUCCUAAAGAUAAUCAUUACGGCGUCCAAGUACAACCAUGGCAACACAAUACCGCUCCUCCACCGCCCGAUCAUCAAAUCUCGAUUCCCCAAAAACCACAAACUGAUUACUCAUCACUUCCACCUUACUCCUCUGUCUCAGCCUACUCCGAAAGUGAUACAAACCCAACCUCACAGCCUGCCGGAGGAGUUGCAUUAGGUUAUCCAAAAAGCACAUUCACCUUAGAAGAAUUAUCCAGAGCAACAAACAAUUUCUCGACUGCAAAUCUUCUUGGUCAAGGUGGGUUUGGCUAUGUUCAUAAAGGGAUUCUUCCCAAUGGAAAAGUGGUUGCUAUUAAACAACUUAAAGCUGGAAGUGGCCAAGGAGAACGCGAAUUUCACGCAGAAGUUGAUACCAUUAGCAGAGUUCAUCAUAGACAUCUUGUUUCAUUAGUGGGCUAUUGCAUAACUGGAUCUUCAAGAUUGCUUGUUUAUGAAUUCCUUCCAAAUGAUACUUUAGAAUUCCAUUUACAUGGAAAAGGACAGUCUUCAUUGGAUUGGGCUACAAGGCUGAAAAUCGCUCUAGGAGCUUCCAAAGGACUCGCAUAUCUCCACGAGGACUGCCAUCCAAAGAUCAUUCAUAGAGAUAUCAAAGCUUCUAAUAUACUACUUGAUUUGAACUUUGAAGCUCAGGUUUCUGAUUUCGGGCUUGCCAGGUUUACUUCUGAUAUCGAUACCCAUGUUUCUACUCGUGUCAUGGGAACUUUCGGCUAUUUAGCUCCUGAAUAUGCUUCUUCGGGGAAGCUAACAGACAGAUCAGAUGUUUAUUCAUUUGGCGUCGUUCUCUUGGAGUUGAUUACUGGAAAAAGGCCUGUUGCUACUUCCAACUCUUUCAUGGAUGAUAGUUUAGUUGAUUGGGCAAGACCAAUACUGACACAAGCUAUGGAGGAUGGGAAUUUCGAUAGCCUAGUGGAUCCAAAACUACGCGUUUACAAUCACGUCGAGAUGGCUCGGAUGGUCGCUUGUGCAGCUGUAAGCGUGCGCCAUUCAGCCAGACGUAGACCAAAAAUGAGCCAGGUUGUGCGGGCUUUAGAAGGAGAUGUUUCUUUGGAUGAUUUAAAUGAAGGAGGGAUCAAACCUGGACAUAGCACUGUUUAUGGUUCUCAUAAUUCAGAUUAUGAUACUGGAGAAUAUAAGGUAGAUAUGAAGAAUUUCAGAAAACUUGUUUUAGACAGUCAGGAAUAUGCGAGCAGCGAGUAUAGUGGAGGAAGAACUACUAGCGAAUAUGGUUUGAUCCAGUCGGGUUCGAGCAGUGAAGUGCUAACUUCUGAAGAAAUGGAGACCAGAAGGCUGAACAAAGACAGUCGAGGUUUCUCCGAUCUAUGACCAACUAUUUUCAUUGAAGGUUUGAAAGAUUUUUUUCCCUCCAUUUUGGGAGUGUUCUUAUUCUUUAAAGCUUAUUAUAGAAAAGAAAAUAAAGUAUUUUGAUACUAUUGUCAAUUCUUUUGAAUUUAUUUGGAUUCUUUUAUUAAAUACCUUCAAGAUUGUUCAAUGUUUUGAGAA